UCUAUUCUUAUAUAUAUUUUGUCAUUGUUCCUAGUAUAGUAAGAAAGAAGAUGGUAGAUUUAGAAAUAAUACAGAUGGAAGAUUUAGAAAUAAUACAGAUGGAAGAUUUAGAAAAAAUACAGAUGGAAGAAGUUAGGGCUAGCCACCUGAAACAAGAAAAUGAGCUCGCCCUGAAUUUGCACAAGAAUACCAUGACAGGUGGAUGGAAAGAGGUUGUUGAGAUGUACAAUCAACACACACUCUCAGCCAUUACCGCCAGGAUCAACACGUCAGGGGACACGGCAUUGCACGUAGCUGUCUUCAUUGCGCCAGAAGAAGUGGUUCAAGAACUUGUACAGGUAAUCAUCGGGUUAUCGUUGGAGUCCUGUCUAUGGAUAACAAACAAGGAUGGGAAUACCCCUUUGCAUGUGGCAGCAUCAACGGGGAGAUUGAAAUUAUGCAUCCUCAUUGCCCAUUAUGACGGGUUUUCAGGGAGUGCUCGUAACAACAUCGGUGAGAGCCCUAUCUUCUCAGCCGCUUUUCAUGGCUACAAGUCAGUCUUCCUUUACCUGCAUUUCCUACUCUUGGAAGCCUCCGACAAAGACCUCGAAUCGAUCGAUCCCGCCUACAGAAGAACAACUGAUGGUGAGACUGCCCUUCACUGUGCCAUCAGGUGGGAGUAUUUCGAUUUGGCAUUUGAGAUACUUCAAGUGGAACCUAGUCUUGCUUAUGCUGUGAACGAGCUAGGAAUUACCCCUCUGCAUCUCCUAGCAAGUAAGCCUUCGGUCUUCAAAAGCGGUUCCCACAUUGGAUGGUGGAAGAAGAUCAUUUAUUAUUGUAUAUAUGUUGAAGAGCUGAUGCACGAAACUAUUCAUCAAGAAUUGAUUGAUUCUGUCAUUAAAAAAUCUUCCGACGACAUUACUCGCAUAUUCCCAGAGAACUACAAAACUUGCAUCCAGUUCUAUCAAGUGCUACAGACUAUGGCUGAAUUGUUUCUCAAAAAAAAAAAAAAAAAAAAGACUAUGGUUGAAUCUGUGAUUGAAAGAAGAAAAGGCCAGCAUGGAGAUGUAGAGAGUGCCAACGGACCGAAUGCUAGCCAGUUAGAACAAAAAGAAUCCCCUCGGAGAGAAGUUCCCUCGAAGCAUGAAUUUCUUCGGCUACAUUAUGCAGGCUGGUUUAGCCUUUUCCAUCUUCUGUAUACAAUAUUCAUCCGAGUUAUUCUGGGCCUUGGGUAUGAGGGAAUAAGGAGGAUAAAACGGAAGCAUGUAUAUUCUGAUCAAAUCAUGAAACUUCUUGUCAAAAGUACGAAAGGUAAAGACUUCACAAGUGGGAAGAACCCUGGGCAAACAAUCGUAACUUGGGACGGACAAUCAUCACCAAUAGACAGUUAUAGUCCUCAAGCUUCUGAACCUAUUCAACAAGAUGGAAACGAUAGAAACAAAAUUGAUUUAGAACAGAGAAUGAAUGGAAGAGGAAUGGAGGAAACGUCACAAAUGGAAAAGACAGAAACACCCUUACUUAUUUUACUGCCAGGGAAAGGGAAAACGCCUGAAACGGCAAAGAUAGAGACACCCAUAUUGGUUGUGGCAAGAAAUGGUAUCACGGAAAUGGUUGAGCAAAUACUUCAAAAGUUUCCAAUAGACAUUAAUAACAUGAGCAAAGAAAAGACAGAGACAACGAUAUUGCUUGCAGCAAGAAAUGGUAUCAUGGAAAUGGUUGAGCACAUGCUCAAAGAGUUUCCAAUGGCUAUUAAUGACAAGAGCGAAGGUAAAAAUAUUUUGCUUGUGGCCGCAAAGAAUAGGCAAACACGUGUAUUACAACAUUUGAUUGAGCAAGAGUUUGUGCAACGUAAACUAAUUCAUGAAGUGGAUAUGAAUGAAAACAACGCAUUGCAUCUGGCAGCUGAGAUUGGAAAGCAAAAGCCUUGGCUAAUUCCUGGUGCUGCAUUGCAAAUGCAGUGGGAAAUCAAGUGGUACGAGUUUGUAAAAGACAACAUGCCGCAACACUUCUGCUAUCAAGUCAAUAAGGAUAGCAAGACCCCAGAAGAAAUCUUCAAUGAAACUCAUGAGGAAUUAGUCAAACAAGGAGGCGAGUGGCUUGACAAAACCUCUGAAUCAUGCUCAGUUGUGGCUGCACUCAUUGCCACCGUUGCCUUUGCCUCGUCGACCACUAUCCCAGGCAACAUCAAUGAAGAAAACGGGAAACCAAACCUUGAAAGCCACUCGAUGCUCACUGUCUUUGCCGGCUCCUCACUAAUUGCCUUGUGCUUCUCCAUCACUGCCUUGUUCUCGUUUCUUGCCAUCCUCACUUCUCGUUAUGAACAAAAAGAUUUUCGUAGAGACUUGCCAAAGAAACUUUUGCUUGGCUUAACUUCUCUCCUCGUUUCCAUUACAUCAAUGUUGAUUUCUUUUUGUGCUGGACAUUACUUUAUGCUCAAGAAUAAGCUGAAAGACAAGGCCUUUCCAGUAUAUGCAGCAACAUGCUUGCCGAUAGUCUUUUUCGCCAUACAACAGUUGCCGCUCUACGUUGAUAUUGUAUGGGCUAUUUUCAAGAAUGUGCCUCGAUCAAGCUAUAAGGCUGUUUCUCUCUAGGGGUUUCUUCUACAUAUUACAUAAACCUUGUAUUUUUAAAUGUUUGUGUUUUUUCUAUCAGUCGAGAUUGGUGUGCUUAAGGAUUGAAAUAAGUUGUUUUCUAUUUUAAAUUAAUAUGGGAUGCAUUGU